AUUGUCGUUCUUCGGCUUGAACGAGUUCAAACAAGACGACGUCGUUUUUAGAGCGGAAAAUGAAGAGGAGGAGAGAUGAGGCGGCGGAGAUGGAGAUUGUGUGGCAGACCCCAGCGAACCCGCCGGAGCGCCAUGAUUACAUAUUCCGCAAUGGGAAACGCCACGUCAGACCUUACUACUUCGAGUUCAUCUCUCAUGUUAAGAAUCGUUGGGCGGGAAAAACCAUCGUCGAUUUGUUCACCGAAGAGUUCAAAGGACGGCCUUAUGAUUAUUAUGUUAAUGCUGUCCAAUCGGGAAGGAUACAAGUUGAUGGAGAGAUGGUGCCUGUUUCGUACAUAGUCCGAUCAUCGCAAAAGAUAAGCCACUUUGUACACAGGCAUGAACCGCCAGUGUUGGCGUUGGAUGUCUCAGUUUUGCAGAAAGAACCAGAUGUUUUAACCAUUUGUAAGCCAGCAUCUGUUCCGGUGCAUCCAUGUGGUCAAUACCGUAAAAACACUGUUGUCGGCAUCCUUCAGGCGGAGCAUGGCUUGGCACCUCUAUUUCCGAUCCAUAGGCUAGACCGCCUAGUUUCAGGACUCCUGAUCUUGGCCAGAAGUGCUUCUAAGGCUGACAGUUUUAGGCAACAGAUUGAAGCUGGGAUGGUGCAGAAACAGUAUAUUGCAAAGGUCACUGGGGUAUUUCCUGAUGAUGAGCAAGUUGUCAAUGUGAAUGUAAAUUAUAAUGCUCGGGAAGGAAGAAGCACAGUAGAGGUUGGCAACUGUUGUGGCAAUACUCCCUUGAAGGGAAAGUCAGCAUGUACAAAGUUUACUAGGAUUAGUACCAAUGGAACUCAUAGCAUUGUUUUGUGUGAACCAAUCACUGGUCGAACUCAUCAAAUUCGAGUUCAUUUACAAUAUACAGGCCAUCCAAUAGCCAAUGAUAUGCUCUACCUCUCCGAAUUUUCUGUUGAUCGUUCUACUAAAGGAUUGAGUGCUGAUAGAGCUGCAGCUAAUUCAGGCUGUUCUCUGCCAUCCAGUUCUCCCAAAAGUUGUGUUGACGAAUAUUGUGAUGAUAAUUCCACCGUAGAUUUCAGCAUUGAUCCUAUGUGUACAAAUUGUCCAAAUUUGACCCCUAAAGGAUAUGAUGAGGAUGAAGAGGGUUUAUGGUUACACUGCAUUAGAUACUGCGGGCCUGAUUGGGUUUAUGAAUGCCCACAUCCAGAGUGGGCAUCGCAUGACUAACUGUUAUUUCCCUCUUUUAGAAGAAACGGGGGGAGGCUUCAUCAGCGGCAGCCCCUUUCAGCUGACAGCCAACGGAGUUAAAACUUGGAGCAGGCAUUCUAUUAGAGGAUAUUACCCUCGCAUUUGGAUACAAUUUUGUUGAUGUUUCCUCUGUUUGGGAUGGGCUGCUAUUUCAAUGUGUAAGGACUCUAUGUGCUUUUGUUAUUUCAAUUAAAGAAGGGCUUUUUAUGA